UUAGGGUAACUGGUCUCGGAGCUCCUUUCUCGGCCAACCGGACGGAGCACUGUCCCGCGAAGUUCUCGCACUCUGUCCUGGCCCGACAACAGUCACCGGAAAUCAAGUAAUUCGCCGACAAAGGUUGGCCUCGUGGUGUUCUCCGGUGACAUCACCGAUGGUUGCGGGACGCCCCGUUGCUUGGGCUCCAAUAUCAGAUGAGGUGAUUGCUACCAUCGAGAUCCUGAUUGUUACGGAUUCUCCUGCCGCGUAGGGUUUAGGUCGCGGUUUAGGAACAGGAGAGACCGUUAUUCCGUAGGAUGAAGUGAACCUGAGAGCUGGCUUUCCAGUGAACACGAACUGGCUUUUUUCUCGGCCGGCAUUUUUGGUUGAGACUCUCCGGUAUUCAGCUGCUUGGUUGAGGACUUAUAUGAGAAGCUCUUAGGUUUUUGUUCCUUUCGUUUUUUAUUUCUGAGAAAUGGCGGAGGGGUGGCGGUGGAAACUAUGUCGAUAUGUGGUUGCAGUGAUGAUGGUCCUGGUGGCUUUCCCGGAGGGUAGACUGGUGUUGGCGGAGAAGAAGGGUGGCCAUAGAAACGCGUAUGUGGCGAUGAUGUACAUGGGGACUCCGAGAGACUACGAGUUCUAUGUGGCGACCAGGGUGAUGAUGAGGUCUCUGGCUGGGCUGAAGGUGGCGGCAGAUCUGAUCGUCAUUGCGUCGAUCGACGUGCCGGGACGGUGGACCAACGCUCUGAGAUUUGAAGAUGGUGUAAAGGUAGUAUCAGUAAAAAAUGUGGAUAAUCCGUAUAAGAACCAGGCCAACUUCAACAACAGAUUCAAGCUUACGCUGAACAAGUUAUAUGCUUGGAGCCUUAUUGACUAUGAUCGGGUUGUCAUGUUAGAUUCAGACAAUAUCUUCCUCCAGAAGACCGAUGAACUUUUCCAAUGUGGCCAGUUCUGUGCAGUCUUCAUCAAUCCCUGCAUCUUCCACACUGGCCUUUUUGUUUUGCAGCCAUCGAUGGAGGUCUUCAAGAACAUGCUUCACGAAUUGGAGAUUGGGCGCGAGAACUUGGAUGGGGCAGACCAGGGUUUUCUUGUAGGCUACUUCCCAGACCUGCUUGACCGCCCAAUGUUCCAUCCGCCUUCCAAUGGCUCACAAUUAACUGGCUACUAUCGCCUUCCUUUGGGCUACCAAAUGGAUGCGUCCUAUUAUUAUUUGAAGCUGCGAUGGAGCAUACCUUGUGGUCCCAACAGUGUAAUCACUUUUCCGAGUGCUCCUUGGUUGAAACCAUGGUAUUGGUGGUCCUGGCCUGUUUUACCUUUGGGCCUGUCCUGGCACGAGCAACGUCGCCAAACACUGGGAUACGGAGCAGAGGUCCCAGUUGUCUUGAUCCAAUCUGUGAUGUACCUGGCUAUAAUGGCUGUCACACGACUUGCUCGUCCCAAUUUCUCCAAAUUGUGCUAUCGACGCCCUGAGAAGAGUGUUUCUUGCUUCCAGACUCUGCUCAAGCUAACUGCUAUGUGGUUGAUUCUUGCGGGUUACAUAGUCCCCUUCUUCCUUAUUCCACGCACAGUGCAUCCAGUGCUUGGUUGGAGCCUUUAUUUGCUGGGUUCAUCUGCACUCCUGUCGGUGGUUAUCAAUGCAUUCUUGUUGCCUGUGCUUCCUGUCCUCGUGCCAUGGCUUGGUAUCACUGGUUCGCUUGCAGUCAUGGCCUUCCCUUGGUAUAGUGAUGGUGUGGUGAGGGCACUGGCUGUAUUUGCUUAUGCCUUUUGUUGCUCACCUGUUGUAUGGAACUCGUUCGUGAAGGUGAUGACCUGUGUUCAGACCUCUCUGGAACGUGAAGCUUUCUUUCCCAGACUAGGAGAAUCGCCACAACCUGAGUUCACUAAGCUCUACUGAAAUCUGUUCACGUAGUUCUCUGUAACAUCAUGCUUCAGUUUGCUCGUGCAUGCAGCGUUACGUGUAUACACAAACACAUGUAAUCAGGAUUCCACCAUUUUUGGUAAAUUCGGGGUAUUUUCAAACGAAGGUGUAUCUCCAAGUUGGAAAGCUAAGGUUAUCUGUUCUGUGAAAAUAAUAAAACCAAUAUUGUGAUGGUUGCGCGGCUGAA